CGCGCUGCAGCAGCAGAUACAGGAGCUGCCGGAGGUGAUGGGUCUCCCGGCUGGAUGCUCCGCACGGUCCCCACUCGCCCGGUAGAACCGCCGCCGCCGCUCACCAUGACCCUGGCUUUCUGCGGCACCGACAACGACUCCAGCGCCUACAACGUGGACGGCGGCGUCCUGAACAACGGCUGCUUCGUGGACGCGCUGAACGUCGUGCCCCAUGUGUUCCUGCUCUUCAUCACCUUCCCCAUCCUCUUCAUCGGGUGGGGCAGUCAGAGCUCAAAGGUCCACAUUCAUCACAGCACGUGGCUGCAUUUCCCAGGCCACAACUUGCGCUGGAUCCUGACCUUCAUCCUUCUCUUUGUGUUGGUCUGUGAGAUCGCUGAGGGCGUCGUGUCCGAUGGGUUCUCCCAGUCGCGACAUCUGCACCUCUACAUGCCAGCUGUCAUGGCGUUCUUGGCCGGUAUCACUUCUAUCAUCUAUUAUCAUAACAUUGAGACGUCCAAUUUCCCAAAGCUGCUGAUUGCGUUACUGGUCUACUGGAUGUUGGCUUUUAUUACCAAGACCAUCAAGUUUGUGAAGUUCUGUGACAAUGGCGUUGGGUUCCUGCAGCUCCGCUACUGCCUGACCGGGUUACUGGCCAUUCUGUACGGCAUGCUACUGCUGGUGGAGAUCAACGUCAUCAGAGUGCGGAGAUAUGUUUUCUAUAAAUCUCCCAGAGAAGUGAAGCCCCCCGAGGACCUGCAGGAUCUGGGUGUGCGAUUCCUCCAGCCGUUCGUCAACCUCCUCUCAAAAGGGACUUACUGGUGGAUGAACACCUUCAUAAAGACGGCUCACAAGAAGCCCAUCGACUUGAAAGCAAUAGGAAAACUGCCCAUCGCCAUGCGGGCCGUCACCAACUACAUCCUCCUCAACCGGGCCUUCAAGGCACAAAGAUCUAAGUCUUCCCCGUGUCCCACGGGUCCCAGAUCCAUCUGGGGCGCUUUGUGCCACGCCUUUGGGAGGCCCCUCGUCCUCAGCAGCAUCUUUCGCAUUUUGGCCGACUUGCUGGGGUUCGCUGGUCCGCUGUGUGUGUCCGGGAUCGUCCAUCACCUCAGCCAGGAGAAUGAGACCUACCACCCCCGGACAGUGUUUUUCGGGGUUUCCUUCAUUUCAUCACAAGAAUUUUUGGCCAAUGCCUACGUCCUGGCAGUUCUGCUGUUUUUUGCCCUCCUCCUGCAAAGGACAUUUCUUCAAGCCUCGUAUUAUGUCGCCAUUGAGACUGGCAUCAACCUGCGUGGAGCAAUACAGACCAAGAUCUACAAUAAAAUUAUGCAUCUGUCGACCUCCAACAUGUCCAUGGGCGAGAUGACGUCUGGCCAGAUCUGCAACCUGGUGGCGAUCGACACCAAUCAGCUCAUGUGGUUUUUCUUCCUGUGUCCCAACCUAUGGGCGAUGCCCGUUCAGAUUAUUGUGGGGAUUAUCCUCCUUUAUUACAUCCUGGGAAUUAGCGCUUUCAUCGGCGCCGCCGUCAUCAUCGUGCUCGCCCCCGUCCAGUAUUUUGUAGCCACAAAACUCUCUCAAGCCCAGAGGAGCACACUGGACUAUUCCAAUGAGCGUCUGAAGAAAACUAACGAGAUGCUGCGGGGGAUCAAGCUGCUGAAGCUCUAUUCCUGGGAGCACAUAUUCCACAGCAGCGUGGAGGAAACGCGCCAGAAGGAGUUGACCAGCCUGAAGGCGUUUGCCUUGUACACCUCCAUAUCAAUAUUCAUGAAUGCCGCCAUUCCCAUUGCUGCUGUGCUCAUAACAUUUGUGGUCCAUGUGCAUCUCCUGAGCUACGAUGACUUCUCCCCGGCCGUAGCCUUUGCUUCUCUCUCCCUUUUCCACAUCCUGGUGACGCCAUUAUUCUUACUGUCCAGUGUAGUCCGCUCCACUGUUAAAGCGCUGGUCAGCGUCCAGAAGCUCAGCGAGUUCUUCUCCAGCGAGGAGAUUGGCGAGGAGACGGAGAGGUGUGCGCUCUCCCACAAGACGGGGCAUCAGAACAAGUAUCAGGCGCUGCCCCUCAAGGUGGUCAAUCGUAAGAGGCCGAUCAGAGACGAUUGGAACGUUGUCAGCUGCCCCCAGCGGAGGCCCGAGAGCGACCCCCAAGGGGAGGAGGAAGAGGAAGUCUGUAUAAAGGUCAGCAGCGGGUUUUUCACGUGGACUCCGGAGGGCACGCCCGCACUAUCAAGCAUUGACAUCCGGAUUCCUCGAGGUCAGCUGACUAUGAUCGUCGGACAGGUCGGCUGCGGGAAGUCCUCGCUCUUAAUGGCCACGCUUGGCGAAAUGCACAAGAUCUCCGGGGACGUAUUCUGGAACAGAGUUGCUGACGGUGAGGCGGCGGAGGACAUGAGCGCAGAGCGGGAGGCAGCCAUGGAUGUGGAGAUCAGGAGGCGGGGGGCGGUGGCGUACGCCUCACAGAAGCCCUGGCUUCUGAACGCUACGGUGGAAGAAAACAUCACGUUUGAGAGCCCCUUCAAUAAGCAAAAGUAUAAAGCUGUGAUUGACGCCUGUUCCCUGCAGCCAGAUAUUGACAUCCUGCCACAUGGAGAUCAGACACAGAUUGGAGAACGGGGGAUUAACCUGUCCGGGGGUCAGCGGCAGCGCAUUAGCAUGGCGAGGGCGCUGUACCAGCAGGCGAGCGUUGUGUUUCUGGACGACCCCUUCUCCGCUCUGGACAUUCACCUGAGCGACCACCUCAUGCAGGACGGUAUUCUAAAGAUGCUGCGAGACAGCAAGACGACGACCGUGCUGGUCACACACAAGCUGCAGUACCUGCCGCACGCUGACUGGAUUAUUGCCAUGAAGGAUGGGACGAUCCAGCGAGAGGGAACUCUGAAAGACAUCCAGAAUUCAGAGCCUGAACUGUACGAGCAAUGGAAGACGCUCAUGAAUCGCCAGGACCAAGAGCUGGAAAAGGAAAUCAUAGAGAGGAAGAACUUUACGAGACCCUUAUACUCGAGGGAGACGCUGCUGGGAGAUGAUGAGGAAGAUGAAGAAGAGAUCUCCGAGAGCGAUGAUGAUGAUGACAACUUGUCUUCCGUUCUGCACCAGAGGGCGAAGAUGCCGUGGAGAGCAUGUGGCAAAUACCUGAGCUCAGCCGGGAUCCUGCUGCUCCCGCUCCUGGUCUUCUCACAGCUCCUCAAGCACUCGCUCAUGAUCGCCAUUGAUUUCUGUCUGGCAAAGUGGACGUCGGAUGCGAUUUUCAAUGCUUCGUCUUCGGGCUGUACGGGGCAGAGCUGCGGUUUUGACCACUCGCCAUACUCCAUGGUGUUCAGUGUUCUGUCCUGCCUGACCAUCAUUAUGUGCCUUGCGACCUCCAUCGCAGUCGAGUGGACCGGUCUGCGAGUCGCCAAGAAGCUGCACAACAGUCUCCUGAAUGCCAUCAUUCUGGCGCCCAUGAGGUUUUUUGAGACAACGCCUCUGGGCAGCAUCUUGAACCGCUUCUCCGCAGACUUCAACACCAUAGAUCAGCACAUCCCAGCUACCUUGGAAUGUCUGAGCCGCUCCACCCUCCUGUGUGCGUCAGCGCUGGCCGUCAUCUCCUACGUCACCCCCAUCUUCCUCAUCUCCUUGGUCCCUCUGGUCAUCACCUGCUACUUUAUUCAAAAGCAUUUCCGAGUAGCCGCCAGGGAUCUCCAGCAGCUGGAAGACAGUACACAGCUCCCCCUGCUGGCGCACUUCUCUGAGACCGUCGAGGGGCUGACCACCAUACGAGCCUUCAGGUAUGAGGCCAGAUUCAGACAGAAGCUUCUAGAACUCACGGACUCCAACAACAUUGCAUCUCUGUUCCUCACAGCAGCCAACCGAUGGCUGGAGGUGCGCAUGGAAUACAUUGGAGCUUGUGUCGUCCUGGUUGCUGCCGUGGCCUCCAUCACCAAUUCUCUGCUGCCCUCUGGACAGGUCGGGCUCGGACUCACUUACGCUCUGAUGGUGUCUAACUACCUGAACUGGAUGGUGCGCAACCUCUCGGACAUGGAGAUUCAGCUAGGAGCCGUGAAGAGGAUUAACAGCCUCCUGAAGACUGAGCCGGAGAACUACAUGGGGCUUCUCUCCGCCUCCCAGAUCCCACAGAACUGGCCGGACCGAGGCGAGAUCCAGAUCCAGAACCUGAGCGUGCGCUACGACAGCUCCCUGAAACCGGUCCUCAAGCAUGUGAACGCCCACAUCACCCCAGGACAGAAGAUCGGGAUUUGUGGGAGAACAGGAAGCGGAAAAUCCUCCUUUUCUCUGGCGUUUUUCAGGAUGGUGGACAUGUUCCAGGGGCGCAUUGUCAUUGAUGGAAUCGAUAUCUCGAAGCUGCCGCUGCAGACGUUGCGAUCUCGUCUCUCCAUCAUUCUGCAGGAUCCCAUAUUAUUCAGUGGGAGCAUAAGAUUUAAUCUGGACCCUGAGAAUAAAUGUACGGACUGCGUGUUGUGGGAGGCGCUGGAAAUCGCCCAACUCAAACACGUGGUGAAGGCGCUACCCGGCGGCCUGGACGCGGCAGUCACUGAAGGAGGAGAGAACUUCAGCGUGGGGCAGCGGCAGCUCUUCUGUCUGGCCAGAGCCUUCGUCCGGAAGAGCAGCAUAUUAAUCAUGGACGAAGCCACAGCCUCCAUAGACAUGGCCACUGAGAACAUCCUACAGAAGGUGGUGAUGACAGCGUUUCAGGAGCGCACGGUGGUCAUCAUCGCGCAUCGGGUACACACCAUCUUGAAUGCAGACAUGGUAAUUGUCAUGAAGAGAGGCGCCAUCAUGGAGUACGACAAGCCGGAGGUCCUGCUGGAGCGCGAGGACAGUAUGUUCGCCUCGUAUGUCCAGGCCGAUAAAUAAGUGCAAUUCACUAAUCGUUUAGUUUUUUUUAAUUGUGUAAAUUACCUGUAAAUAAAGAGGA